CAAGGACAAGAGAUACGAAGACGAAAGGAAGAGGAGAGGGUGCAGCAUCAAAUGAUGGAUCAAGGCCAUCAUCAUGCUGUGAAGGUUACAGCGCCGACUUCGUUUUUCGAUACUUCCCCCUUCGAAGAACGACGAGCGCACCAUGCGUCGUCGUCGCACGGCGUGGGUGGUGGUAGUGGACCGGUCAUGGCUACUAGUCAACAACCUACCGACGUUCGAAUCAACGUGCCCCACCCGUAUCACCAACAUUACCGGCAAUCCGUCGGGCCGCUUGACCAGAUUGCUAAUGUCGGUGGGGACACGGCGGUGCCGAUGAGUCCGUCCUACGACUUUUCCCAUCCUUAUGCGAACACUCCUCCAGCGACCGUCAUCUCGUCCCCGCGCUCCAAUGUGAUUCGGAACAGCCAUCUCGCUCCUUCGGUGGUUCGAAAGAAUACUUUGGAUAGUAACAGGGAUGGUGGUGGACGGGAGGCCGCUCAGCGAGGCGAGGCGAGUG